AUUAAGAGGUACCGCGUUUACAUAGCCUUGCUGCAAGAGAAAAUGGACGAAUGCUUUUCUUCGGACAACGACGUGACGUCGGGAAACUUUGGCGAGUCCACGAGCUGCUCGGGUACCGACACUUUGGUGCAUAGUGGUCAGUCCGACCGGCUCAGUUACCGUGAAGCAAUAGAGAAGCACAUGUCAUCGCCUUCGAACGAGCUGCCGUUUUGA